AUGGUCAUGCAUCAGAAUCAGAGAGGAAUGGUCGAUACAUGUUUUGAAGAAGGACAAUAUGAAUCAGGAAUAGCACUACUUGACCAGCUCCGAUCACCGAGACAUAGACCCUUUCAGCCACAUAUUCGUCAGCUCAUCUACAUCGCCCUCUACCCGCCUCCUCCUGCGGACACCAAAGAAACAGAAACUCUUCAGCUUGAUUCGGCUUCACCCAGCAAGCUGCACUCGCGGUUGCAUUGCAUACAACACGGGUCCUCACAGUCACCCUCCCCCGCGGCCACGGAUGCUGCGUUGCACCUGCUAACUGCAUUCUCUUUGACGAAUCUGCCGUGGGACCUGUUCAGCGCGUUGCCAUCUUAUCCCGCGUCCGCACUGGGAAGCCCUAAGACAGAGAUCGAUUACGACGACCCGGAGUCGUUUGUUGCUCGACGCUCUGUCUGUAUCACAAAGGCGAAGAACGUGUGGGAAAUUCUCAAGGAAGGUUUCGUACAGCGGAAGGAAGAUCCGAUUGCGAUGUCUCCCGUAAAGAAAGGCCGGCGGCGCGCUAUCGUUGAGGAGCCUCCAGAGGAUUCAAGUGUCGAUAGAGAGCCUCGGCGCGUGGUAGGCCAGUACUCCUGGCCCAUACUCGGUUGGCUUCUGUCUAUCUUCGAGAAAGAUGAGAAGCUCGCGGAAGACAACGCCCAACCCCGCUAUUCUUCCUUUCUUUUAUCUCAAAUACCGCCUCCACGAACAAAGACAGACGCGCGUUGGGACGUGGAGGCUCCGUUAGAUAUCGUGAUGUACUGCUUGGAGCAGACCCACCCGCAGCAGGCACUCAUGGGUGCCCGACUUCUCGCACUGCUGAUAAACCUCGCCUCGACGACAUUUAUUGAUUUCCCAAUGUUCCUUAAUGCCCUCGGCAGCCGCAUCGUGUCUUUGCAAUCUGAGCAAGUAGCCUCUCUCUUCGCAAUGCUCCCGCAAUCAAAAAAUGUCAUGCAAUUCAAGCUGACAUUGUGUAAGAACUACCUCGCAGGCUCUUCUGAAACAGCCUCGAGGCCCAAACUACAGGCGAGAGCCCCACGACCAGUUCCGGCGCGCCGAAAACCCGCGGGCCCUUUGUCAGUGGAGAGCUCAAAGUCCUCCACUCCCGCACUGUCAUAUGCCUCCGGCCCAGUGUCAAGAAAAUAUCCCACGUUCACGGCGUCAGAGGUUCUCGAGCUGGUGAACGCUGCGCGAAGCCAAGACCAGUCCAGCGACGAACUCGCGCUCAGGAUGAAAUGGGAACUCGUACUCACGUACGCACUACUUCAGAAGCAGGCUGGUCCAGGCACCGCUGGCGCGGAGUGGCAGAUCAUGCUGCGUGACGGGCGCGUGGUGGAAGCGCUGAAGGCGUCCGCAGGGGACGGGUUCACAGCCACGGGGGGCAUCUCAGUUCAGAGUAUGCAGCAAAUUCUCUCUGUGUUCUUGGCGUAG